AUGCCGUCCCCGUCCCGAAGUGCAAGUGAUCCACGCACAGGCCUGCCAGGAAAGGAUGCCUACUCAAGGUGGUUGGAUCCAGUCGAGUUCAAAGUGGUUUUGAAGGGCGUGGCCACCGAUUCAUGGUCGCCUGAUGUUCAAUCGUCAAGCACAUUGUCGAAGGCCGGGCGGCAGAGGAGCCGUGGGUUGCUGCAAUGCCCUGGCUGGCAAUUUCCCGGAUUCCUUUGCGGAGGUCUCCAUGCUGAACUGCGCUCCGGGAAAGAUGUGCAGGAGAUGCCGCAGGUGGCUUCCAGUUGCAGACUUGUCCAGGGAGAGCUGCUACUCUGCCAUUCUGAAGCCUGUCAGCCUCCUGCACGGACCAUCCUCACAGUGAGAGGGAACGGCAAACUUACAUCCAACGUUGUGGAAUCUUUGUGCGCUAAGAUAGCUACUGCGGCUUGGUUGAUCCCAUCAUUGUGA